GCUAUGGAGCCGAGAGUCGUCAAACCACCGGGGCAGGAUUUCGUAGUGGAGCGUCUCAAAAGCCGCUACGGUCUCGGAGGCAGCUUCCCCGAGGAGUAUGAUUUUUCAUAUUUUGAUUGGUCUAAAUGCAAGAGAAGAUCUCUAACCUCCCCAGGUGAUUUGGAUAUCUACUCCUCUGGAGAUAAAGUUGGUUCAUCAUUAAAAUAUUAUUCUGAUGAAAGCAAGCAUUGUAGAAAACCAUUUUGCAGUUCAUUCAAACAUGUAAAUGUGAAUUGCCUAGGUGAUGAACUGGAUUCUUUCCAUGAUUUGAAGAAACAGGAAAGAGAAGAAGAGUUAAUUGAGAAUGAUCAUAGAGUUAGUACCUCCAAAAUAACCAAGCAGUCUUUGAAAGAAAUAGAAAAAGUUGCUGUGCCAGCUAAUAUGGCCUCAUCAAGAACUCAGACUGAAUGUUGUAGUGAUGCAAGUGACUCUCCUUUGAAACUUGUCAGCUGUCUAAAAUCUAAAGCAUCAGACAAGCCGAAUUUACUUCCACAUCAUAUCAGUCAGAUAUAUGACGAGUUAUUUCAGAUACAUCUGAAACUGCAGUGUGAAACUGCAGCACAACAGAAAUUUGCUGAGGAACUUCAAAAGCGAGAACAUUUUUUACUUGAAAGAGAACAACUGCUUUUCAGACAUGAAAAUGCCUUGAGUAAAAUUAAAGGUGUCGAAGAAGAGGUUCUAACAAGAUUUCAAAUUAUAAAAGAGCAACAUGAUGCAGAAGUUGAACACUUAACUGAAGUUCUUAAGGAAAAGAAUAGAGAAACGAAGAGACUGAGGUCCUCUUUUGAUGCAUUGAAAGAAUUGAAUGAUACCUUAAAAAAGCAGUUAAAUGAAGCAAGUGAAGAAAACAGGAAGAUGGAGAUUCAGGCUAAAAGAGUUCAAGCUCGUUUAGAUAAUUUACAGAGGAAGUAUGAAUUUAUGACAAUACAGAGAUUAAAAGGAAGUUCCCAUGCUGUUCAUGAAAUGAAAAGUUUAAAACAAGAAAAAGCACCAGUUUCAAAAACUUACAAGGUACCACUUAAUGGGCAAGCUUAUGAACUUUUAACUGUCUUCAUGGACUGGAUUGCGGAUCAUCAUCUUAGCAAAGUGAAACAUGACGAAUCUGGAAUGGAUGGUAAAAAACCACAACUCAAGUUUGCUUCCCAGAAAAAUGAUAUUCAGGAAAAGUGUGUAAAGCUUUUGCCUCUGAUGACAGAGCAGUUACAGUGGAUGCCAUUUGUGAACACCAAACUUCAUGAGCCUUUUGUAAAAUUUAUAUAUUGGUCCCUAAGGCAGCUAGAUGCUGGAGCACAGCACUCAACUAUGACAUCAACAUUGAGGAGAUUGGGUGAAGACAUUUUCAAAGGAGUGGUAACUAAAGGGAUCCAGGAUAGUUCUUUAGAGCAUUCUGUGGAGAAUAAACCAAAGACGGCUGCUUUCUUUAAGAGCUCCAAUUUGCCUUUGAGAUUUUUAUCAACUUUAAUUGUUCUCAAAACAGUCACUCGAGCUGAUUACCUGGCUCAGGCAUUUGAUUCUCUUUGUUUGGACUUGAAGACAGAAGAAGGAAAAACCUUGUUUUUAGAGUAUCAAGCUGUUCCAGUAAUAUUAAGUCAUCUAAGAAUAUCCAGUAAAGGACUCCUGUCUAAUGUUAUUGAUAGUUUGCUCCAGAUGACGAUGGAAUCUAAAUCCUUGCAGCCUUUCUUGGAAGCCUGUAGCAACUCUUCAUUUUUUCGUACUUGCUCUGUGCUACUUCGAGCCCCUAAGCUUGAUCUUCAAAUACUUGAAAAACUCAGUAUUAUUUUACAGAAACUUUCCAAAAUCAAGAGUAAUAAGAAGCUCUUUGAACUUUUUACGAUUCAUCUGAUGCUUCAAGAAAUACAAAGGACAACAAACCCAGAGCAUGCCUUUCUCUGUAUUAAUCUGAAUUCAACUCUGUUCAAUUUGGGUUUAACAAAAUGUAACUCCCUGGUCUCCAGUGCAAGCCAUUAGACUGGCUUAUUUUUUAUUAUAGUA